AUGAAGCAUAGAUAUUGUUUCGAAGCGCUUGACAAGACCUUGCGAUCUAUCACGCAUGUUCCCAAACCAUUCGGCGGCAAGGUGGUCGUUCUAGGCGGAGACUUUAGACAGAUUUUACAUGUGGUGUUGAAGGCAUCAAGGCAGGACAUUGUUCACGCUACGAUCAACUCAUCUCAGCUUUGGGAAGACUGUAAGGUUCUUAAGUUGCAUACAAAUAUGAGGCUUCAAUCAAGCUCUAAUCCAUCCGAAGUUGAAGAAGUAAAGAAGUUUGCUGAUUGGAUACUGAGUAUCGGUAAUGGGGAGGCGGGAGAGCAAAACGAUGAUGAAGCGUCUGUUGAGAUUCCCGAGGACAUGCUAAUUCCCGAUUCCGAAGAUCCAUUAUUGCAGUUGUUGCAGCGAGAGGCCUUCGCAAUGGAACCAAACUUCAAGUUGUUAGAAUGGGAACUCAUGUUCUUAGCUGUAAGGUUCUAUCCGGCAAAAAUACCGGUGAUGUUGGUCCCAUCGAACUCUACUCUGCCAAUUAAGUUCCAGAGGCAACAAUUUCCACUGAUGGUUUCCUUAGCAAUGACCAUCAACAAGAGUCAAGGUCAAACACUUUCCCACGUCAGUUUGUAUCUACCCAGGCCUGUAUUCAGCCACAUUCAGUUGUACGUUGCACUCUCGAGAGUCAAGAUUAGAUCUGGCAUAAAGAUCCUAAUCAAGUCCGAAUCCGGUGGAUUGUCGAGUUCAACUAGCAACGUUGUUUACAAAAAAGUAUUUCAGCGCAUAUGA